AUGUUGCCCCUGGCAUCACCAAAGUCCCGGGACCCCGACGACGACAAGACGGGGCUCCAUCCCCCCCAUCCCACUCCCAGCCCCGCCGACACUCCCCAGUGCGACGGCGGCGCCCCCCCACUGCCACCUCCGCAGCCUGCAGUCCCCGCCAAUACCCUGCCCCGCCCCGCCGCGCGGCGCCGCUCCUCGGGCGGGAGGCAUUCCCUGUGUGCUGCCCCGGAGGCGGCGGACCGCUGGGUGGGCGGGGCAGGGGGCGCCGCACGGCCACGGGACCUGUGGGGCGCCGCGCCCCGCCCGUUACGGCAGGACCCUUGGCAGCCCUCGGGCCACCCUGAUGCUGGAGACGGCCCGGAAAGAGGGGAUGGCCCGCCGCGGGGCGUGCCUGGUCUUGAGGGGGACGUUGGCGGGGCGUGGGGCGGCGGAGAGCCCGACGUGGAUCGGAGGAGCGACGAGCGGCUGCUGGCGGCGACGCCCGACUCGCUCCCGACGGGCCUCGACAACCCGGCGCUGGAGCACACUGAGGAGGCCGUCCCCACCCCCAAUCACACCCCUCACACCCCCGCCGCCACCUCCCACCCCGCCCGGUCUCGCGAGCGUCUGGCCAGCCCCUGGCCCAGCGCCAUCUUCAGCAGGAGCCCCCGCUCUUCCUGCACCGACGGCCACCCGCUACUGGGCACCCCGGAGAUGUGGGCGCCGCUGGCCAGCCAGGAGAGCAUGGGCGUGCUGCUGAGCGGCGUCACGCCCGCCUCGCCGCCCGCGCGCUCCCUCUCCAGCAGGUCCUUCGCGGCGCCCCGCAAGUCCUGGAGCAGUAUGGGCCACGCCGCGCUGUCCUCCCUCCGCCUCACGCCGCGGCAAGGUAUCCCCAGGGCACCCAGGGGCACCCCGCACGCCUGUGUGUAG